UUUGAUCAUCCUUUCCGGUCUAAGAAACGGUGACGUCAGCAGUUGCUGCGCGCGCUCAUGACCUUGAAGUACACUGCUAAAGGUACACCGGAUAUACCGUACGCAUAAAAUGUUUUUCAACGUAUUUACCGGUUCUAUCAGCCUGUGGAUUGUGGAUAUGGUCACAUUGGAUAUUUCGCGCUUAAUUUCCCCUUCGCCGUCUGUUUUGGAUUUUUAUUGGUGGAAAAACGCAUCCCAGAAAGCCUUUACGGAGAGGCCGCGACGCCACGGAACUGCCUGUUUUCAGCCCAUCCCUUGGAAAAAAAUUAACUCGAAGCUGUUUUUGGGGUAUCGUUGUGAUAAAUAGUGGGCAUACUGCUUGAUGAGCCAGAGGAUUUGGGGAGUUUUAUCAUCUAAAAACGAUGUCUUGGUCGGGCUCCGCCUUUGGGGAGGAGAAAGUGUAGGAUGCUUUAAGGACACUUGCACCACCAAAGCGGAGCACCCGCCAGGCUAAGCAAGAGAUGACUCUCACCUGCUUUAACUCCUCCGACCCAGCAGCCAUAAACUCAACCCUUCUGUUCGAUCAGAACAGAGACGAUGGCAAUCUCUGGGAGAGAAAUGGGGGUACCACCCUGCCCAACUGCACCCAGCCAUACCCCUUUGAAUUCCGGUGCUUCCUCUGUAAGCUUUUUGAGGUGGUAUAUGUCAUCUGCAGCAACCUGACGAGCCAAGUGAGCGUCACGCUGGAGGAUACAAACAGACCCGUCGAUAUUUUAAGAAGCGGAGGUUCUACUGAACAGCAGGGCAUCUCUGUCAUUGUCACCGUCUCCAUUGUCUUACUACUGGGACUCCUCUUCAUCAUUGCAGUGAUGCUGUACUACAGACGUCAGAUGGAAUCCCCCUCAGGGUUCCUGCUUACCUUUUACCACCAGCUCCUGGAAACCUCUGACAGACACAGUGAGAUGCUUAACCUGCAGGCUGACAAUCCCCCCGAAAGCCAGCUGCUGCUUGACGUUUCUUCUGAGAAGUUCAGCAUUCAGCAGGGCCCUGCUUAGGAGAAGCAAAGUAGUAGUUUUGCCAUGUCUUUCUUAUCACACAAAACUGUCUCUCUCUUUUCUGUGCCAAAAUUUCUUAAGCUUUUUGAUAGGAAAUCCCUAUCCAGCCUUUUGCACUUCCGAUCCGAUACCAAUGCAUGCAUUAAAGUUUAAAGUAAUUUAGCCUACUUACUUACAGACUCAUGUUGAAAAGGGAAUAUAGUCUUAUAACAACUAGCCUGCUGAAUUAGGUGAGUUUAAAUAAUACACAGUAGUUGGUAAAGACACAUUUACCUGUUCAUUUAGGGAUCAACACAAAAUAGACUAAAUUAUAAAUAACAAAUGGUCAUUAAAGAGUUAAAGAGCAAAGCUGGUGUUCAGGAGGCUUUCUGCUGUGGUUUACGUCCUACAGCUCCAGUGAUCUGCCUCGGGACCAAUCCUGUUUACAAAGGCCUCUGUUAGACUACAGAUUGCCCAAAUGUCCACAUUUUACCAUGAAGAUUAAAUUGCCAUCAUGUCUAUCCAGUAGGAAAAAUCAUGGUCUACAGUGGUUUUAUUUGAAACAAACUUCUUUCCUUUGCGUUAUCUUUUUCUGUUCUGCACUUUAUUCGUUGUAUCUUUAUUAUUAAAUUAUGAUGAAACUUCACAAGA